AAUGUUCCAACUAUACAAGAUCCUUCGCUUUGUAAAGAAAUGGUCAAGAAAAGGCUUCCAAUUAUAGAGAACGUAGAUUUCCAAACAAGUGUUGAGGUUUGCAGCAAGCUAGAUGGGAGUUAUCUGCCUUCCAUUGCAAAUGAUUCUACAGUGCAGUCGAUGUCUGAAUUUCUUCUAUCCGCUGGCGGGACUCAAUUGGUUGCAGACCGGUGUCUGGAUAGUGGAUACUGGAUUCCAUAUUCGGAUCAGAUCACAGAGAAUAUUUUUUUGAAUUACUAUACACAAGUACAGCAACCCAUUGACUGGAAAAUUGGACAGCCAAAUGGAGGUUCUGGUCAAAACUGUGUUGAGGUAGAUGCAACAUUGCCAAGCAAAAAUGUUCUUGAUGUUGAAUGUUUAAACAAAUACUGCUUUCUCUGUGAAAAUGACCAUUGGCCAAAAUUUAAUCUAAGGGGACUGUGCACAAACUCCUACCUGGAUAAAACCUAUGUUGCUGUUCAUCAAGAUGGAUUCGUGUAUUACAGCGGUGUUUGGAAUACUGAUAUCAAAUACGACUUCAACACUUUUGAAUGGACUGCUAGAGUAGAGGGACAAAGGACGAUAGCAACAACCAAGAGCCCGUAUGGAAACCUUAUGCUGGGAAAUAGCAUUUGGACAAUAACUAAUGAUUCCGAACUGUGUACGCAGGCAGAUAUUUAUCAACAGACUUUGUCAAUGUCUAGCUGCAAAGAAACCCAAUUCAGUUGUGAUGAUGGAUCAUGUAUAUUAAUGAAUGAAAGAUGUGAUGGGCGACCACAGUGCCUGGAUAAGAGUGAUGAGGAAUCCUGCUCUUCUAUCAUCAUUGAUAAAACAUACAACAAGGAUAUAAUACCGAUUAGUGAGACAACAGGAAAACUCCAGGUGAACGUAUCCCUGGCAAUCCUGGAGAUCCUUGGGAUAGAGGAGGUCAAGAACUCAUUCAAUACAAAGUUUGAGGUUACCACCGAGUGGAAGGAUUCAAGAUUAAGGAAAGGAUUAAUUAAUGAUUUUAUUGUUAACAAAAAUAAUCAACCCAAAAGUUGUUGUCGGGUAAAUUAUGUUGUUUAAAAUAUUAUUAUAUUAUUAUUAUUUCAAAUUACUUUUUUCAAAACUAAAUGUAGACCGGUAAAUCCUUGUGUUGCUUUGGAUCAUGCAACAACUGGACCCAGUUAUGUUGGAGACAGCCCCCCCCCAUCUUCAAAGGGGCGUACCCCCCCCCCCCCCUCUUACGCCGCCACUGAAGCUAGAGAAACUGCAAUUGUAAAGCUAAUUUCUAAUUUUCCUACUUGUUAUUUAAAGUACGUUUGAAAAUAAUAAUAAUUGUAUUUCCUUUCUAAUUUAUCAAACGUAUGUGACUGUCUAAUUUAAUCAAAUUACCAGUCUUUUGUCCAGCUAAUUGUAAACAUGAACUGUCAAAACAAGAAAAUUAAU